AUGCCGGCCCCGUAUUCCGAUAACUUGUAUUCCGUCGACGACUCCGACUUUGAGGCCCCGGACAACGACAACCUCGACGCCCACCUCUCGCCUACUGAUGGGUACUUUCAGAACUCUUCGUCGUCAGCUGGUAAUCUCUACCCCCCGCAACAGGAGCAAGACGACGACCUUGAAGACAGGGACAACGUCACCUCCACGACGCUGCCCACGUCCGCUGGCGUCCCGCAUGUACCAAACGUCCUCGUCCAGGAUCCGUCUCUACAGAAGGGCGCCCCAUCGUCCAAGGACCGCGAAGCCAGGGAAGAGACAAGGUUGAACACAUCUGCCGCCCCUCCCCAAAGUACCUCGUCGGUUGACGACUACUACGACGGGGCCUCGACCAUCGCCGACAGUGAGGCGACGCCAUCACAUACGACAUACACUUCUCACCCCCAGAGCUCGUCGUCUUAUACGCCCUACUUGCCAUCCGUCGAUACUCCCCUGCGCACACCUCAAACUCACCCAAGAAGGAGUUUGUAUUCUCGCUCGUCUUCCCUGUUCCGUAUCCCCAGAGAAGCACCGCCCGCUUACACGCCGUCGCCCACGUCCCCAUUAUCGGCAUCGUCACCAACACAGUUUAGGAAUUAUCAGACAUUCCCUUCGACGAUGGGGGCCCCAGAGGAAGAGCGGCGCCUGCUGGGCCGCGACCCUGAGAGCAUGGGCGAUGAGCCCUACGACGAGGACCCUAGGCCUUUGCCAUGGAAGGACAGAAUCCUUAAGAAAUAUUCUUGGGCGUCGAGACGUACAUUGAAGAUGGUCCUCUUUGCUCUGUUAAUGUUUUCAAUCUUCGUUGGCUUCUUGACCAUGCUAAGCGGAACUGUCAACCAGACGCCCAACAAACCUCCCUCCAAAGACCCCGCCAAUAACUUUGACCCUGUUACUGGUCUUCCCAUCAAGGACGGCCCAGAAGCUCCUUCCGACCCCUCCACGCCCACUAACCCCUCAAGGCCUGCUCAACCUGGCACACCCGACUCACCUGAUCAGCCCGCCCGGCCCCUGCCAUGGGAACCUCAGAACAUUUGUGCCCCGAAUGAGCACCGCUUCGGGACUCGCGUCUUCGACCUGUCUUUCAAGCCCGACAAGACCAUUAGUGUGCUCCAAACAGUCGAGUCUGACACGCCUUCUCGCGGUUACCAACCUCACAUCACGGGUGACGUGGUUGUUCGCCGUCAACUCACCGACUCACCAGGUGCCUCUAUCGAACUCGAAGUGGUGGCCAAUGACGAACGCCUCAACGUCGAAGUCGAGUGGGAUUCGGACCUGCAGCAGCUCAAGUUCAAGACCCCUCAGAAGCUCGAGUGGGAUCAGCGACUGAGGCCCUGCAUGACCAUCCGCGCUACCGUCUGGGUUCCCGAAAAUGCCGAGAUCAAAGUCCUCAAGCUUGCGGCCCUGCAUCUUGGCGUGAAUUUGAUCGAUGACCUUUCUAUUUCUAUUCAAGAUAACUUGGAGAUCCGCACCUUUAGUGGCGACGUUCGCUCUCCAGUGAACCCACCCUCAUCGUACCGUUUGGAUUCGCGCAACAUCGUGGUGCAGACCAUUUCAGGUGACAUCAGCGGCAGUUGGCCCUUGUACGACUCGCUCAAGCUCGGAUCCGACUCUGGUGACAUUGCCGCCAACGUCGACCCGCAGGAUGUUCUCGAAUCCCGGCCCCUGCCUGCGGUACUCGAGGUUACCUCUAUCUCUGGCGACGUUGUCGUCAAGGAGCCCCUGGACGAUGCCAAGAAGAGCAGCAAACCCGACACCAUCAUUCCGGCGCGUGAUUACAUCACCAACAUCGACACAAAGUCUGGCCUGAUUCGCGCCUGGGUUACGUUCAGCACUGUGAUCACCAUAACGAGCAUCAGUGGCGAUAUUGGCGCGACCAUCCUCCCGGUCUACAACGUGAGCCUGCUCCAGAACAUCCCCGAACCCGAACUCCACACCAAGACGAAGAGCGGCAACAUCCUCGUUACAGUCCUCGAGCCAAUAUGGGUUGAGAUUGGCAAGACACUCUCCAGGGACGACAAAGCGCCCAAGGUGAACCCCAACGAACCAGUCGACAUCCCUACCAACCCCCUACCAGUACCAAACAUCCCCGGCAAGAUUCCCCGCAUCCCCAACAUCCCCAACGUCCCGUCCUUCCCCAUCGGCUCCCGUGACCCAUUCAGGAACCUGCCGGGCUCCCGCCGCCGCUGGAGCGACCUCAUUCCGCAUAAGGAUGCCGUCGCCUCCGAAUGGAAGACCAAGCGCCAGGUAUCGGCCAACGACCAGCCGCCCCUGCGCCACCUCAAGUCGUCGCACAACACCAUCAGCGGCAACAUGAAGAUCUGGUACCCGGCCUCUUGGGAGGGUACAAUCAACGCCGAGGCCAUCAGCGGCAACAUUGACAUUGGCGGCAAGGGCGUCAAGAUCGAAAGCAGGACCAAGUGGCCCAAGGCCGUCCGCGCCGUCAAGGGCCAGCGCUGGGCUUGCGAAGCCACGCUCAGCAGCGUUUCGGGCAACGAGCGGUUGACUGUUGGUGAGGACGCCUAA